AUGUGCAUGGUACUGCUGCCCGAUAUCCCCAGCAUAGACCUGUUCAAGAUGUACCUCAAGUACAUGAAGGAUUCCAAGUCUGCAUCGGCCACCUUCAAGGAAACUAUGAAGACAGCGUACCGCUUCUCGUUGCACCAGAUUGGUCUGGAUAUCGCGUCCACGUCUGUUUGGCAG